AUGACUAAUGCGAAUAUAUUGCAUAUACCCAUAGAUGUGGAUGAGUGUCAAAAGGGGUCCUACGUCUGCCACGAGGUUGCUAAAUGUGUGAAUGCGAUUGGCUCGUAUGAUUGUAAGUGCAAACCAGGAUAUGAAGGAGAUGGCAAAAACACGUGUUCAGUAUCUGGACAGUCGUCCGUGACAAUCACAGGUUCUUGUGCAAGCCUUUUGACCAUAGAAACAAGCACAACGGGGCUAACAUACUCAAAUUACGAUGGAACUUACUUGGACGACAUGAAUUGCAGCUGGUGUAUAUCUUCAAAUGCAAACCUGGAACUUACAUUCAUAAGAUUCCAAACUGAGUCUGGUUAUGAUUAUGUUAAGGUGUACGAUGGCCCAUCUUCUUCUUCUACUCUGAUCGGUGAAUAUGAUGGAGACUCACUGCCAGCAAGCAUUACAAGCUCUUCUUACGAGCUUUUUUUUACUUUUACAUCUGAUGGUUCCGUUAAAAAAUCGGGGUUCCUAGCAAACUACCAUAUGCAAGGCCAAUCCUUUGUGACGGCCGUUAGUUCAUGUGCAAACCUGUUGAAUGUCGAAUCAUACGCAAGCGGUGUAAUAUUCUCAAACAUGCAUAAAGAAUACAGCGACGACAUGAACUGCAGCUGGAGUAUAUCUUCUAAUGCAAAACUGGAAAUUACAUUCAUAAGAUUCCAAACUGAGUCUGGCUAUGACUAUGUUAAAGUGUACGAUGGCCCUUCUUCUUCUACUCUGAUCGGCGAAUAUGAUGGAGAUUCACAGCCUGCUAGCAUUACAAGCUCUUCUCACGAGCUUUUCGUUACUUUUACAUCUGAUGGUUCCGUUACAAAAUCAGGGUUCUUAGCAAACUACCAUAUAUCUGGCCAGCCAUUUGCAACUGUUUCAGGUUCAUGUGCCAACCUGUGGACAGUUCGAUCAAGUUCAAGUGGAAUGAUAUAUUCAAACGGAGAUGGUACUUACGCUGAUAACGUGAAUUGCAGUUGGAGUAUAUUUUCUAGUAACAAAGUGGAACUAAUAUUUUUCAAAUUUGAUACUGAGGAAAAUCACGAUUAUGUCUCCGUGUACGAUGCCGGAUCAAUGAUGUCGUCUUUUAUGGGCAAAUAUCAUGGAACCUCCUCGCCUGCAAUCAUCACAAGCUCAUCCAAUCAGCUUUAUGUUACCUUUAAUAGUGACAGCACAGUUUCAAGUUCUGGGUUUGCGGCAAGCUACCACGCUUAUAACACAAUCCGCCUUAUUGGAGGCAGCACGGCACUAACUGGGAGGGUGGAAGUCUACCAUAGCGGACAAUGGGGAACAAUUUGUGACGAUAACUGGGACAUAAAUGAAGCUCACGUGAUCUGCAGACAGCUUGGCUUCCCUUCAGCCACUCAAGCCUUUGACAGUGCCAUGCAUGGUGAAGGAUCUGGUCAGAUAUGGAUUGAUGGUUUAGACUGCACAGGUUAUGAGUUACAAAUCAGCGAGUGCAAUAACUAUGGAUGGGGAAAUCACGAUUGUGAUCAUUCCGAAGACGCAAGUCUAGAAUGUUCCUCAACAAUUUACUGAUCAAUUUUACUAUAUUCUGAGAAUGAGGGAGGUGGAGUCACCCAUGGGAUUGUGUGCAGUUAUGCCGCGCCCUUAGUUCAACUCAUUUAAAAUACUACUUUUGGUAGAAACGCUCCAUCCAGUUUUCAAGGACAUUACCCUAUUCACAUAUGAUUACCAUAGUAGACUGCACGCCUAGCUAGGAACAAUAAUUACGAUAAUAGUAGUAGUGAUAAUAACAGGAAAUGAAGUAAUACAUCAUCAAAUAUACAUUUUUCUUAAGAACUGAGCAACUUUCAUUUGCUUGUUUUUUGUUUUUCCUGUUUCCAUACACAUGCGGUAAACAUGUCCUUGGUGAAGGUUCAGGGAUCCCUUUUAAUUAAAUUCCAGGCGGGAUAUUCAUUUAAGAGAGCAAAAUCUAGUUAUUUCUUGGACGUCUUAAAAUUAUUAUCAUUACUAUCGUGUCUUCUGAAAUUUAUUAUCGUUAGUUAUGGUUCGAAUCUUCUUUGGAGAAAUCGCCGAGAAAUCCUAAGUAAUCCUUGGUCAAUGCAGUGGGAAAUUGCAUUCAAAUUAUGUUAACUCUUUGGCUUUU